AUGUUUCGCUCGAUCCUCUCCCCACUAAGAACCAUCACCUCCUUUUCCUCCUUCUCCUCCUUCUCCUCCUUCUCCUCCACCACCACCACCGCGAUCUUUAAGACGCACACCAUCCUCACCCACACGCCUCUCCGCAACUUCUCAACCAAACGUUGGUUCAGCGACAUCUUCGACAUCUCCAAAGUUCCCCGCUACAAGCCUUCCACCCUUUCCCCCACAAUGCAGUCGUACACCAAACAUUUUCCCUCCGAAUCUGAGCCUUUGGUCUCCCUCUCUUUCAAUGGCGAGUCCCGUAUUUUCAUCCUUACCAUGCUGGGUAAGGAGACCCCCGACAACCGACUAACCCAUAAAUUCAUCGGUGAAGCUCUCCUCCCCGCAAUCGCCCACGUUGAACAUCAGUGGGACGAGAUGCUUUCUUCCGGCCAAUCCGAUCAGGGAGCUGCCCUGGUCACUACCGCUGGAACGUCCGACUCUGCGAAAAUAUUCAGCAAUGGUUUAGACUUGGAAAAAGCUAUCGCCGAUCCCCUCUUUUUCGACACCCACUUGAACGAACUCUGUGAAAAACUGCUCACCCUCCCAAUCCCUGCUAUCGCCGCCGUUAACGGUCAUGCGUUCGCUGCUGGUUUCGGAUUAGCCUGCGCUCAUGACUAUAGAAUUAUGAAUGCUAAGAGGGGAUACAUGUGUAUGAAUGAAAUCGACUUUGGCGCUCCUCUCCCGCACGGACUUCAGAUGACUAUAGCGAGUAAAAUAAGUGAUCAGAAAACCAUGAGGAAAGUCGUCUUGGAGGGACAUAGGUUCAGUGCAGAGGAAGCAUUCCAGGCUGGAUUCGUGGAUGCAUUGGCAGACAGUCCCAAAGAGACGUUGGAGAAGGCAUUGCAGUUGGCGGAAAAGCUCAAGGGAAAAGCAAAGAUGAAUGCCUGGGGAACAAAUAAGGAGGUUAUCUAUGCCAAUGCGGUCAAGGCGGUUAGGAUGAAGCAUGACGAGGCGACCAGGUUGUUGUAUGCUCCUAGGGCUAAGAUGUAG